AUGUGGUCAAAAGCACGGGACGAGUGUCUGCAGAAACCGGAGAAAGACUGCAAUUUACUAAUUAACAAGGAAUUCGACAACUCCGUGGGAGGCACACUUGUCUCUACGGUUUUGGGACAAAACGCAAUGACUGCUGCAGAUCGUCUAGCUCAUAAUUAUGAUGAAAUCAAGAGUUUGCAAAAAUCUAAUGAGACAAGCGCCGCUGAGGAAAAAAAUCAUGACGAAACCGGCGAUGAGGUACGUACUCUUCUAUAA